AUGGCUGGGCGCCCCCUGGUGGGCUCAGCCCGCGCCCGUGCCCAUGGGCCGCGGGAGCUGCGCGUGGUGAUGCAGGCCGUGGCCACCGACAAGAGCGUCAAGAAGGUGGUGCGGCCGCUGUCGCUGGAGGAGGGCGACAUGCCGAUGAACACCUUCAAGAACAAGCAGCCGUUCGUGGCCGAGGUGGUCUCCGUGGAGCGCAUCGUUGGGCCCAAGGCCACGGGGGAGACGUGCCACAUCCGGAUCAAGACCAACGGGAAGAUCCCUUUCUGGGAAGGGCAGAGUUACGGCGUCAUACCACCGGGCACCAAGAUCAACAGCAAGGGCAAGGAAGUUCCCCUUGGAACCAGGCUGUACUCCAUCGCCUCAACACGUUAUGGUGACGACUACGACGGCCAGACCACCUCCCUGUGCGUGCGCCGGGCUACCUACACAGACCCGGAGACUGGCAAGGAGGACCCAUCUAAGAAAGGGAUUUGCUCCAACUUCCUUUGCGAUGCCAAGAAGGGAACCAAGGUCAACAUGACAGGCCCCACUGGCAAGGUACUGCUCCUUCCUGAAGACAAGAAUGCUGUUCUCAUUAUGGUCGCCACCGGAACUGGCAUUGCACCAUACCGAGCGUUCUGGCGCCGUGCCUUUUAUGAGGAUGUGCCCCAGUACAAGUUCACUGGCCUGCAGUGGCUGUUCAUGGGUUGUGCCAACAGCGACGCCAAACUGUAUGAUGAUGAGAUUCAGUGGUGUGCAAAGAACUUCCCUGACCAGUUCAGAGUGGACUAUGCUCUGUCGCGGGAGCAGAAGAACAAGAAUGGUGGAAAGAUGUACAUCCAGGACAAGAUCGAGGAGUACUCAGACCAAAUCUUCGAUCUGUUGGCCGAUGGGGCACACAUCUACUUCUGCGGACUGAAAGGAAUGAUGCCAGGAAUCCAAGACAUGUUGCAGCGCGUCGCCAAGGCCAGGGGACUGAACUUCGACGAAUGGUUGAAGGGUCUCAAGGAGGCUGGCACAUGGCACGUGGAGGUGUACUAG